AUGUCUAACAGUAAUACUACUCAGGAGAUCCUGGAAAUAAUGAAAGAAUCAGAAAAAAAACUGGUAGAAGAAUCUGUGAACAAAAGCAAGUUUAUAUCUAAGGCUCCAAGUAAGGAAGAAAUUGAGAAAGAAGGUGAAGAUAGCAGUUUGCGUCAGGAAACACAGAGGCGGACAUCCAACCAUGGUCAUGCCAGGAAACGAGCCAAGUCUAAUUCCAAGCUGAAGUUGGUGCGCAGCCUGGCAGUGUGUGAGGAGUCCUCCGCCCCAUUUACCGAUGGGCCACUAGAAACCCAGGAUAUAAUUCAGUUGCAUAUCAGUUGCCCCUCUGACAAGGAGGAAGAAAAGUCCACAAAGGAUGUCUCUGAAAAGGAAGAAAAGGACAAAAAUAAAGAAAAGAUCCCAAAGAAGAUGCUGUCCAGAGACUCCAGCCAAGAGUAUACGGACUCCACUGGAAUAGACCUACAUGAAUUUCUUGUAAAUACACUGAAAAAGAACCCAAGGGACAGAAUGAUGCUGCUAAAAUUAGAACAGGAGAUUCUGGACUUUAUUAAUGACAACAAUAACCAGUUCAAGAAGUUCCCUCAGAUGACCUCAUAUCACCGGAUGCUAUUACACAGGGUAGCUGCCUAUUUUGGGAUGGACCACAAUGUUGAUCAAACUGGAAAAGCUGUCAUCAUCAACAAAACCAGUAACACAAGAAUUCCUGAACAGAGGUUCUCAGAACAUAUAAAGGAUGAGAAGAAUACAGAAUUUCAACAGAGAUUCAUUCUCAAGAGAGAUGAUGCCAGUAUGGACCGAGAUGAUAACCAGACUGGACAGAACGGAUAUCUAAAUGACAUCAGACUCUCCAAAGAAGCCUUUUCUUCUAGUUCUCACAAAAGAAGGCAGAUUUUUAGGGGGAACCGAGAAGGGCUGAGCCACACUUCAAGCAGCCGCCAGAGCAGCACAGACAGUGAACUUAAAUCCUUGGAGCCACGACCCUGGAGCAGCACAGACUCUGAUGGCUCUGUCCGGAGCAUGCGGCCCCCUGUCACCAAAGCCAGCAGCUUCAGUGGAAUCUCUAUCCUCACCCGGGGUGACAGCAUCGGGAGCAGUAAAGGUGGCAGUGCAGGAAGGAUCUCCAGGCCAGGUUUGGCGCUAGGUGCCCCAGAAGUGUGCAACCAGGUCACCUCAUCCCAGACUAUCCGGGGCCUUCUUCCGUGUACUGCCCAGCAGCAGCAGCAGCAACAGCAGCAGCUUCCUGCUCUCCCGCCCACGCCUCAGCAGCAGCCCCCCUUGAAUAAUCACAUGAUCUCACAGGCAGAUGACCUCAGCAACCCCUUUGGACAAAUGAGCCUUAGCCGCCAAAGUUCUACUGAGGCAGCUGACCCAUCUUCAGCUCUGUUCCAACCUCCACUUAUCUCCCAGCACCCUCAGCAGACUAGCUUCAUCAUGGCUUCCACGGGACAGCCCCUCCCCACUUCCAACUAUUCCACCUCUAGCCAUGCACCACCUACUCAGCAAGUCCUGCCACCCCAGGGCUACAUGCAGCCUCCUCAACAGAUCCAGGUUUCUUACUAUCCCCCUGGACAGUAUCCUAACUCCAACCAGCAAUAUCGACCUCUCUCUCACUCGGUGGCCUAUAGCCCCCAACGUGGUCAGCAGCUCCCUCAGCCAUCCCAGCAGCCUGGUUUACAGCCCAUGAUGCCUAACCAACAACAGGCGGCUUACCAAGGCAUGAUUGGGGUCCAGCAGCCACAAAACCAGGGCCUGCUCAGCAACCAGAGGAGCAGCAUGGGGGGCCAAAUGCAAGGCCUGGUGGUUCAGUACACUCCACUGCCUUCUUACCAUGUCCCUGUGGGCAAUGACUCACAAAAUGUGGUCCAGCCGCCUUUCCAGCAACCCAUGCUGGUGCCUGUGAGCCAAUCUGUGCAAGGGGGCCUGCCAGCAGGGGGCGUACCUGUGUACUACAGCAUGAUCCCACCAACUCAGCAGAAUGGUACGAGCCCUUCUGUAGGAUUUCUGCAGCCUCCCGGCACCGAGCAGUACCAGAUGCCUCAGUCUCCUUCUCCCUGCAGUCCACCACAGAUGCCACAGCAGUACUCAGGAGUGUCACCUUCUGGACCAGGGGUGGUGGUUAUGCAGCUGAAUGUCCCUAAUGGACCCCAAACCCCCCAGAAUCCAUCCAUGGUCCAGUGGAGUCACUGUAAAUACUACAGUGUGGACCAGCGAGGGCAAAAGCCUGGAGACCUGUACAAUCCUGAAAGCAGCCCCCAGGCCAACACCCAGAUGAGCAGCAGUCCUGUCCCGUCUCCUACCCAGUCCCCAGCUCCCUCUCCUGUCACCAGCCUCAGUAACGUCUGCACAGGACUCAGUCCCCUGCCUGUCCUCACACAGUUCCCCCGGCCUGGGGGUGCAGCACAGGGUGAUGGGCGCUACUCCCUCUUGGGCCAGCCAUUACAGUACAAUCUGUCCAUCUGCCCUCCCUUGCUCCAUGGCCAGUCAACUUACACAGUGCACCAGGGACAGAGUGGAUUGAAGCAUGGAAACCGAGGCAAGAGACAAGCACUCAAAUCGGCCUCCACUGACCUAGGGACGGCAGAUGUUGUCCUGGGGCGGGUGCUGGAGGUGACAGAUCUCCCUGAGGGCAUCACCCGUACUGAGGCGGACAAACUCUUCACUCAGCUCGCCAUGUCCGGUGCCAAGAUCCAGUGGCUCAAGGAUGCUCAGGGGCUGCCUGGCGGGGGCGGGGGGGACAACGGUGGGACUGCUGAGAAUGGCCGCCACGCGGACCUCGCUGCCUUGUACACCAUCGUGGCUGUGUUCCCCAGCCCCCUGGCUGCCCAAAAUGCCUCCCUUCGCCUCAACAACUCUGUGAGUCGCUUCAAACUUCGAGUGGCCAAAAAGAACUAUGACCUGAGGAUCCUGGAGCGAGCCAGCUCCCAAUGAGCAGAGGAGGGGAAGGGACCAGCACAGCAGUGGUGGAGGCAGGGUG